AUGGAUCUUUGGGCAGAAUUUCAUGCAGCAAGUUGGGGAAGGGAGUUUGUAGCAGGAGGAUUUGGAGGAAUUGCUGGGAUAGUAUCUGGUCAUCCAUUAGACACAGUGCGAAUAAGGCAACAGGUCUUAAACACCGGUGGCCAUGGCUCAUCAUCAGCAUUCACCAUUCUUAGAAAUGCUUUGGCUAAGGAAGGACCUGCUUCUCUCUAUCGUGGCAUGGGUGCACCUUUGGCCUCUGUUACAUUUCAAAAUGCUAUGGUUUUUCAAACUAAUGCAAUUCUCUCAAGAGUAUUUGGCAAAUCUGUUUCUCCUAAUGACCCUCCUUCCUUCAAGGGUGUAGCAUUAGGAGGAGUUGGCACAGGUGUCCUCCAGAGCCUAAUUAUUUCCCCAAUAGAGUUGGUCAAAAUUCGCCUGCAGCUUCAUCGCAAUGAAAAACACUUGAUAGAACAACCACAUAAAGGUCCUAUAAUUGUUGUCAAGAAUGUAUGGAGAAAAGAGGGACUAAAAGGAAUAUACAGAGGACUGGGCAUCACUGUUAUAAGAGAUGGACCUUCACAUGGUGUUUAUUUUUGGACAUAUGAAUAUAUGAAGGAACAACUUCACCCAGGUUGUAGAAAAAGUGGUCAAGAAAGCCUCUGUACUAUGUUGAUGGCAGGUGGAUUAGCUGGUGUAGCAAGUUGGAUUGUUUGCUACCCUUUUGAUGUUGCAAAGACAAAGUUACAAGCUCAAACACCUGAUUCUUUGAAAUACAAUGGCACUGUUGAUUGCCUUAGAAAGAGUAUUAAGGAAGAAGGGUAUGGAAUUUUAUGGCGCGGAUUAGGAACUACAGUUGCUAGAGCUUUUGUGGUACAUGGUGUUGUUUUUACAGCUUAUGAGAUCACAUUGAGGCUAUUAUUUAAUAAUGAAAUUAUUCAAGUGCAGAAAACUAUUUAG